UAUUGUGUGUGUGUGCAGAGAAGGAGAUGCCUCUGCCCGUGCAGGUCUUUAACUUUCAGGUCAGCUCAGUGUCAGAGCUGGAGGUUGCCGCAGAACAAGCUCAGGACAGCGAAAGAGACAGGGAGAAGAGUAGGGCCUCUAGCUCAGCCUCAGAGCCUCCCUGUCCCUCCCAUAGCAGCAGACCCAAUCUGCUCUUACCGUUCACUGCAGGGGACUACGUCCUCAGCUCCAGCCUCUCAGCAUGCUCCCUGCUCCCUGAGGGGGCUGUGGAGCCGAUGCAGAUCGAUGCUGACCCCCAGGAAGACCAGCAGAAUGCUCCAGACAUCAACUAUGUGGUGGAAAACCCCACACUGGACCUGGAGCAGUUUGCGUCCAGCUACAGUGGUCUGAUGCGUAUUGAGAGACUGCAGUUCAUAGCAGAACACUGUCCCCAGCUCCGUGCCGAGGCCCUGAAGAUGGCGCUGUCCUUCGUCCAGAGGACCUUCAACGUAGACGUGUACGAGGAGAUCCACCGCAGACUCACCGACGCCACACGACAGGUGCAGGGUGUCCCUGACGCGGUGCCUGAAGGGCCGGUGGCGCCCCCUCUCCUGGACACAGCCUGGGCAGAGAGCACCAGGAAAAAGGCCCUGCUCAAACUGGAGAAGCUGGACACUGACCUCAAGAACUACAAGGGAAACUCCAUCAAAGAGAGCAUCAGGCGGGGUCAUGAUGACCUAGGGGACCACUAUUUAGACUGUGGCGAUCUUAGCAACGCCCUCAAGUGCUACAGCCGAGCCCGAGACUACUGCACUAGCGCCAAGCAUGUCAUCAACAUGUGCCUUAACGUCAUCAAGGUUAGCGUUUACCUCCAGAACUGGUCCCAUGUACAUAGCUACGUCAGCAAGGCAGAAUCCACUCCGGAGAUAGCUGAGCAACGAGGAGAGAGAGACAGUCAGAACCAAUCUGUCCUCACCAAACUAAAAUGUGCUGCGGGUUUGGCAGAGCUGGCCUCUAGAAAGUACAAACCGGCCGCCAAGUGCUUCCUCCAGGCUUCGUUUGACCACUGCGACUUCCCAGAGCUCCUGUCCCCCAGUAAUGUAGCGGUGUACGGAGGGAUGUGUGCCCUGGCCACCUUCGACAGACAGGAACUACAGAAGAACAUCAUCUCCAGCAGUUCCUUUAAGUUGUUUUUAGAGUUGGAGCCCCAGGUACGUGACAUAAUCUUCAAGUUUUACGAAUCGAAGUACGCCUCCUGUCUGAAACUACUGGACGAGAUGAAGGAUACCCUUCUAUUGGACCUGUACCUGGCCCCCCACGUCAGAACACUGUACACACAGAUCAGAAACAGAGCCCUUAUACAGUACUUCAGCCCGUACGUGUCUGCAGACAUGACUAAGAUGUCCCAGUCCUUCAACACCACAGUGUUAGCUCUGGAGGAUGAACUGACCCAGCUCAUACUGGAGGGACUCAUCAACGCACGUAUAGACUCACACAGCAAGAUCCUGUAUGCGAGGGACGUGGACCAGAGGGGCCAUACGUUUCAGAAGUCUGUCCACAUGGGCAAGGAGUUCCAGAGACGAGCCAAAGCCAUGAUCCUCAGAGCUGCCGUGCUACGCAACCAGAUACACGUCAAGUCCCCUCCUAGAGAAGGCAGCCAGGGGGAGCUGACAACAGCCAACAGCCAAACAACCCGGAUGAGCAGCACCAUGUGAGAGGGACAUCCCAUCAUUACACCAUCGCUGUCUGGCAUGGCACUCUGCUCCCUGUAUAGUUUACUACCCCUUAUGGGCCGUGGUCAAAAGUAGUGCACUAUGUAGGGAAUAGGGGGCCAUUUGGGUCGCAUCCACUGCCUGGUGCCUCUGAAUGAACAGAGGGGGGCCUGUCCACAACAGCCCUCAGAUAGCAUCUUAUUCCCUAUGUAGUUCCCUUAUUUUGGCCAAGUCAAAGCUACAACUGCUAAGCCAGAGCCUGGCCAAAAGUAGUGGACUAUGUAGGGAAUAUGGUGCGAUUUGGGAGGCAGACUAUGUAUGACAUGGGCCCAACGUUAGCGGAAAAAAACAAUGUCUCAGUCCCGAAUGACACCCAAUUCCCUAUAGUGAGCUACUUUUGACCAGGGCCUACGAUUCCUGGCUGGAGAGAAGACCGGAACAAACACAAUCAAAAAAUACUUUUUAAGUUGGUGAAGAUACAAUGUCUGUUGUUACUCAAAUUAAAUGAAAAUAAAUGAAAGUUUGGGAAUUAAAAGAGAGGGAGAGAUGCAGCUGGCUGGUUCUUUGUAAAGAGAUGCACUUUGCUCUGUACCUGGUGACAAACAUUGACUACACAUUGGGGGGGGAAACAACCUCGACACAGAACAAGAUUUUAAUAAAGAUACAUACAAAAUGA